UCUAUUGUGCCAGUCCUUCUAUCGUCACACCUGUGUUGUAAUGCCUUUCCCAUUGUAUUUACCUGUCCAACUGCGAUGUACCUGGAGAGGAAGAGAAGUGUGAAGCAACUGGCUGGGAGUUCUUGGCCCUCGUUCUUCCUGGAAGAAGGGAAGAUCCCAUUAGCUCCUGGGCUGAAUAGGUGCUCUCAGGGUGUGAUGUGGUGCUAGCUCCCGGUUGCUGUCUGCUGAACUGCAUUGUGAACUCAGCAUCCACAGCCUUGAUGCAUUACCCACCACCCACUGAUUAUGUUCAAAAAGCUUCCUCUUACAGAUUGGCCUCUCAGUGUACAAAAUUGGCAAGUAAAACCCACAAUGGACUUGAAGUGACAGCAGAACUCAGCCAAGAGUUGGCGGUUUUCACACAGAGGAGAUUCAGACCACUGGAGAAGAGACAAAUAAGAACAGAAACUGGAGGCGUUCACAGUGACAGCAUUCUCUUAAGAGGAGAGAUGGCAGAAAUCAGUUCUCCAGUAAAUAUCAAGGAGAAGAUCAAUGCAAUCCGAUCAGUUGUUCCAAACAAAAGCAAUAAUGAAAUAGUUCUGGUGCUGCAGCAGUUUGAUAACAAUGUAGACAAGGCUGUCCAGGCUUUCAUAGAUGGUAGUGCAACUCAGGUUCUGAAAGAAUGGAAUAUGACAGGGAAAAAGAAGAAUAAUAGGAGAAAAAGAAGCAAAUCUAAACAGCACCAAGGCAACAAGGAUGCUAAAAAUAAGAGUGAUGGGUCUGAGAAGGCAUCUCAAGACCCCCAGAGACCACCUGUCUGCCAUCUGAAUGGAUGCUCUAAGGAUAACCGUUGUGGUGAUUCUGCCAAUGAGAAACUGGAAACCUCUUCUCUGGAGAACAAAAGUUCACAAUUUGUAGCAUCAGCACCAGGCUGUCCAGAAACCACAGGCAAAGAACGUAAGCGUCAGAGAGUGUCUGUGGAGUUAAGCCCAAAGACUGUGAAUGGAGUAGAACAGCACGAGCCUCUUCAGUCAUCAGUUCAAUUCCAGGGUAACCUAGGCAGGCCAAAGUCAAAAUCUUCCUCAGUUAAAUCAUCCAAUGCUACAAGCCAACUUGAAACAAAACCAGAUGAUUCAGUGAAAAAAAGAGGGCCAAACAUUGAAAAAUCAGUAAAAGACUUACAGCGUUGCACCGUUUCUCUAACUAGAUAUCGUAUGAUGAUCAAAGAGGAAGUAGAUAAUUCAGUUAAGAAGAUCAAAGCUGCUUUUGCAGAAUUACACAGCUGCAUCAUAGACAAAGAAGUGUCGUUAAUGGCAGAAAUUGACAAAGUUAAAGAAGAAGCCAUGGAAAUCCUGACUGCUCGGCAGAAGAAAGCAGAAGAGCUGAAGAGGCUGACGGACCUAGCCAGUCAGAUGGCUGAAGCACAACUGUCUGAACUCAGGGCUGAAAUUAAGCACUUUGUGAGUGAACGGAAAUAUGAUGAAGAGCUAGGCAGGUCUGCCCGAUUUUCCUGUGACACAGAACAGCUGAAGACCCAAAUUCAGCUCUGUGGAGAGAUUUCUCACCCAAAGAACAAUUAUUCCUCAAGAACACCAUGUAGUUCGGUGCUGUCUUCAUUGACCUCGCAUGCAACAACUGGCAAACAAAAUGCACACACUCGGAAGUCCUCUAGCAAUGCCAAGAACUCUGAUAAUAAAACAGCCAGCACUACUAAAGUACAAAGUCAUCAUUCUUCCAAUCCUACAGAAUCUUCUCCCCAGGGAAUUCCAACAAAUAAGCAGAAUGGGCCUUCUAGUCAAAGACGAAGAUUCAACCCACAGCACCAAAACGCCCGUCUCAAUGGAUCUCUUAAGCCACAAGGUGCCACUAACGAGGCAGAUCAAAAUAAUGUAAGGAGUGGCUCCAGGUCUGAACACAGAAGACAGCAGCACAACAAUUUCAGACCUAAAAAUAAAGGAGCUAUGAAAAAUCAGGAGUCUGCAACUGCAAGGACCACAGAGAAUGUGACGCAUCCAGAAAAGAGCCGGCGGAAGCAUCAUGCACCAGACACCACAGAUCACAGGCCUUUCCGAGGCGGUGUCAGCAGGGUGUCGCAAUGCAAUUUGUGCCCUGCAAGAAUGGAGGUCUCUGCUGAUACCACUGUUCUUUCAGUGCCAGCUGUGACUUUGGUGGCUUAAAAUGUCACAGUGAAGGCAGGCAGAAAAAUAUUCUCAUUUUAUCUUCUUCCUCAAGAUGCUUGUUGGUAAAGAAAAUAAAUCGGAACAGUCAUUUUAAAUCUGUUGCUGCUUAAAAGUUAUUGGUAUCUUCAUUAUUUACUAAUUAUCAAAAUUAAUGAUACUUUCAAAGCUUUGCCCAAUAUGUUCACAGUUGUUUUGUCGUGACAAUACAGAAUCUUACCAAAGCAGCAUAUACUACUUAGAAGAAUGAAAUUAGAUUGGAAAAAUAAACUCAGAAUUAAAUUCACAAUAGCAAAAGGUUUGUUGUAGAUAUGUGGUUAUACAAUCAACAGUAUUGUUCUUUAGAACAUCCUGUGUUAGACAGAUCCCGGAGCACCUCUGUGCUGUGGUCUGCAAUGCAAUCAGAUAAUCUUUUAGAAUUUUUCUGCAGUCUUUAUUAUACACCUCUUUAUUUCUGUGCAUGUAUCUGUAUGUGCAUGUGUACGCACACAUACAUACAUACACAUGCAUGCACACUGUAUGCACACAGUAUUGUUACAUACAAGAACAUUUCAAAAAGCAGCACAUUUGAUUUUAGCUUAUUAUUCCAUAAACUGAGAUCUUUAGACUUGCCUAUAAAUUGUACUGAAUGUAUUACAUAUUGGUAUUUUUCAUUGACAAACUAUUUUUAUGAAAAUGCUCAUUUCAUUCAAGUUUAGAGUAUACAUAGUCAUGGCUAUUCAGAUGCACAGCCCUAUUCUCCAUCCUUAUCAGCCAUUUUUCUAUGACUAGUUGGAUUUAUUUUUUUGCAUAUGAAAAGUCACAGGUGUUCUAGACUUGAAUCCAGAUUAUUUUUCUAUAUUUUUUGCUCUAGGAACCAUCUGUCCUUAAUGAGAGCUAUGACUAAUAAACUUGUUACAGCAACAUGCAGCAGAAUAUGGAGAUACAUAUUUGGGCAGAUACUACAUCCUUGUGAGUUUUCUAUUAAAAUAAAAUCUUAGUGUUAAUGUUCUGAUUAUGUAUUUCAGAAAACUUGUUUCUUCCAAAAAAAAUUAAAAUCUUCUUUCUAAAACAUUCUGUUGUUUGCUGCCUUGCAGUAUCUAAUCAGUUGUGAUCAUAUUUGAACUAGAUUUGCUUAGUUCAGCUGGUGUCAGUGGGAGGCUUUGGUUUGAGUUUGGCUUGGAAUAGGCUUUUGCUUUUGGCUAAAUUCCAAUGCCACAAGUGCGCAGGACAGCAUCAAGAGCUAAUCUUGGAUAAACCUAUGUUAAAAGUUGUUAUUGAAAAUAUUAAGGUAUCAGAAUAAUCAGUAAAGAAUCCAGGCCUGACAUCAAGUGAACUAGAGGGCUGGGGGUCAGAAUCAGAGAAAUGUAAAAGGGUCUCUUUCCCAGUGAGGUCAGUAAGAGCUGGACACUUUGAACGUUUAUUGUUGGUUAUGGCUUUUUACCACUUACCUCUGCCUAAUUUCCAUGAGCUGACUACACGCUUUCUUUGUACUGAAUUCCACUUUUGAUUCAUAAAGUAUAAAGUGCAUUGCCUAUGAAGGAUUUUGAUUAUUGCUCUUGAUAUCUGUACAAUUUUCUACAUGUGAAUGAUGGUAAAACCUGAUUUUACAAGGCAAGUAGCUCAUCUUCUUCUGGAAUAGUGGUGAUAAAAUAAGUACUCAUAGGUAAACAUAGGCUUUUUUUAGCAUUGUGGACCCUUCUCCUAUCAGGCUUUUAGCUGAACGUUUUAAGUAAAUGGAGCUGAAAUUCCAGAAUGUCUGUGCUGUGCACACCCACCAGAAAAGUCUAUUUUCAAAAUUUGCCAUACUGCCAUGCUGUAACUUCACAGUUAGAGAUGUAAUCACAAUAUCUGUAUGGGUAGUACCCCAGAACAAUAUUAUAUUGCUUUUACAUAAUUUCUGAAAGUUACUUAUACCUUUUCUUGUAUCCCCUCUUAAUAAUAUCUGAUGUAUUUAUAAUGACUUUUACUCCUGCCUUAUAGCUUUUCCACUUAAUAGGAUUAUUGGAAGAAGUUAUUUUAUUCUACAAGUCAGCUUCCUUACAAGCAGGCUUCCUCAAAACAAGUCAAAUCUAACAUAAAUCAUAACUCAGCACAACAGGAUGACCUUGUGCUCUUCAGUACCAGCUUCUCUUUGCUGUGCUGGAGGCUUAGUACAUGGCAGAUCAGAACUAACAGGUGAGAGGAAGCAUUUAUCCUCAGGCUGUGAGGCAAACACACAUUCUUGGAUGAGAGAUAAAAGUGUGGAUUUGGCUGGUUCUGGGGACUCUGCAGUCUUGAUGCAGCAAAUGUGCUUUGGUAUUGCAGUUACACAUUGUAACUGUUACAUGGCUGGCUCUGAAACAUUGCUGUGUCAGAUGUUUGAAAAAAAAAAAAAAUCAUUUAAACUACUUAAAGUCAUUGGAAAUGUUGCUCUAGAACUGAAACUAUUAAUUUUGGAAAGGAUAAGUUUGUACUCUAGUUUGUAUAUUCCUUUCCUGGAUCCUGCUGCUGUAGGAAAGCAACGUGGUCUGAGCUUGGAUGGAUGGAUGGCAUUUCCUGUGGUGAGUCUGUUUCCCCAUGCAGUGACUGGGAUGUAUCAAAAGCAACUAAACAACCUGUACUAGAAAUGUUUGUGGAUGUUGUACCAGAAAUUAGGAUGAGCUAAGAGAUGCACAUAGGAAAGGGACGACUUUGAAAACGGUCUAAUUAUUGAUGUGUGUGGUCCAGUGAAUUUGCAAAGUAUUACUCAGCUAAGUGAUAAAUGCUGUAUAAGCAGGAAGAUUUUAUUUAUUUACUUAUUCCUGCAAAAGUAGUAUUCUGUAGAAAGUACUCAGAAACUCAGAGAAGAGCAGAGGUCUGUAACACCAGCUGUGUCUGUUUCUGCUGCUUGACAUUCUGCUAAAAGCUGUUGCUCAAAAUGAAUCUAGAUCUCUUGGGGACAUUUCCUCCACAGAUUUACAGAGCUUUACUUCUAGCCACACUCUCACUCUAAUUGCAGCUAUGGAAUAGACAGCUUCACUCUCAAGUUUUCAAUGGUACAGCUUGCCUCCCGUUGUUGCUAAGUGAGAAUUUGUCCUUCACAGAUUGAGAAUUAAACAGACAAAAUCAUCUUACCUCCUGGAUAAUGCUGCCAUUUCUGUUUGGUCAUACUAAGACUUGUACUACAUAAUGUUUAUUAUCUGAACAUUUAAGUGGGUUUAAAGAAGUGAAUGAACAGCUUGAAAGAAGGAAAGAGGUAGCUUCCUUAGGAGCAGUCAGUGUGUUUACAGUCGAUACUGUCUUGAGAGAAUCAUCAGUUGUUUUACUUGCAAGGAACUUGAGCUAUAUUUCAUACAGAAGCAUCUCUGAAUUAAUGCCUAGUUCAGAGCUCAUUUGACUGCGUUGUUUCCGUGGCUCUUAAGCUGAAAACGAGCCUGAUGAAAAGUCUCUCUGAGAAUCAGUGUUAACGUGCCCCUAGCAGAUGAAACAACAUCUGCUUGGUUAUGGCAAGUAUGAGUUCUCCAUACUCUGAAGCAUACAGAUAGAAUUACAUCUGUUUGAAGCAUAUCCCGGUGAUAAUACGCACUUAAUCAUGGAGAAGUAAUUUUCUGGAAAUUAAUUUGGAAUUGCAUUUUUCUACAUUAUGCCAUAUCAUAGAUGGUUUGGAAAUAGUGUGAAAGUGAGGGCUAAACAACUGGAAAAUUGACCGUGUUUGUGAGGGGAAAGAGAAAAGCAUCAAAGUUCACUAGCGUGAUGCACGUUACUCUUCAGAGCACAGCUAUUAAAUUGCUAGGGCAAAGAAGCUUUCUAACUGGUCUCUUUUAUAACAAUUGUACAAAGGUGCAAAACAAGCCAUAAUCACUUCAGUUGACUGUACCAGCUGGUAACUCUUUGAAUUGGAUGAGUGAAACAUUAAGAAAACUGUGGACUUUGAAGAAACUUGGGAUCGUACAGAUUUGAGGAAAGUAGAACCUGCAAGAAACUCUCAGACUUGCAGAAUUUCUGCUCUUUGUUCCAGGCCUCAAAAGAGCAGUCUGUUAGCCAGGUUAAGAGCUGACUAAUCCUUGGAUGGGCAAGUUUUCAGCUCUCUGCCUCCCAGGCAGAAGACUAAAUGCUGUUUGAUUUUAUACUUUAAAAGGCUUUGGGUGGAUAUAGACAAAGCUGUAAUAGUCAUCUUGAAGGUUCAGCUCUUAUAAAGCUGUUUAAAAUCAGUCCAUCCAUUACAACAGAUUGUUAACAAGCUUCACGGGAUUAAAAAUAAAAAGACAAAAGUGCUUAUUUAAAAAGCCAUGUUUGUUUCUCAUCCAGUAAAAAAAAUCAAGUCUCUAAAUUUGCUCUACCUCCUCACCACAGCCACUUUCAUUCACAAUUUCAUAUGCUGAAAUUAAAGGGAAUGAUUUUGUAAUUUUUUUUUUUUAACUGCAAGUCAGUGUGUCUAGGACAAAGAUGAGACUGAAGCCACUGGAAUGCAAAUGAUAUGAAUGUUAUGUGAAAAAUACUACCAGAAUGACUAGACAAGCCCUGAACUAGCACAGGCUUAGGAAGUCCAAAGGGAUCAGUCUUAGUCUUAUCUGCAAGAAUCCAGACUUGUGAGCUUUUGUAUGAUGUUGAAAGAAGCCUACAAAUUCACCCAAAGUUGAAGAGGAAUCAUUGUAAGAGGACCUAAAUGGAUACAGUAAAGGGCUCAGCUGUUCACUAAGUUCUAAAAUAAAAGUCACACAGAAAGUAGUUAUUUAAAAACUGCUUUUCAAUCAGACUGGUAUACAUUGUGUCAAUGAAUUGCACGCUCACUAAAAUGAAACUUGUUAUUUAUCUCCCUUAAUUUCUGCUUUUUCUGGUCUCAAGUGAAUCUCUUCUGUGGGAUGGGGAGAGCCUUGGCUUUUCUGUGGCUUUUUAGGCUUAUUACAGUAGUGUAAGGAUUUUAAAGAUAGGCUGGUCUUUACUAUACGUGUAAAUAGUAGAAAAUUGCAAUACUGCUCAGCUUUACAUAACUAUAAUUCAUAGCAAAAAACAUCUCUUCAAACAGUAUGUUAGUACUUGAAAUUUUGCUGUUUCUCUUUUCUACUUUGCAAAUGAAAUUUCAAGUCCUUGCAGUUACGACAAAAAGCCUAAAAAUGUGAUUUCUUCUAAAUAACCUAGAAAACAAAAGACUUUAAGAAGCAAAUUGUAAGAAUACUUCAUUUUGGCAAUGCGAUAGGACUUUGCAACAUCUAAAGCCAGGUGUAUUUACUGUGUUGCAAAAUUAUUAGCAACAACAAAGCAGUACCCAGCCAUACACAAACAAUUGCACAAAAUGAAGCCAAAUGUGGGGAACUUAAACAGCAUUGGUUUAAACAUAUCCAAUUUAAACCAAGUCCAAAAGGACUUCUUAAAAAGUGAGCCAAAUUCUGCUUUUCUUUGCUAGUAGAAACAUACAGGAGCUCUUCAGUAUCGUUGCUUGUAAUGCACCCUAGUACAAGGGAGGACAAGAAGGACAAGUAGGAAACUAGUGUACAUGUCUCAGGUCUAAGGAAAAACUGCCUUAUUCCCUAGUCAUGCUCUUCCUUCCUGUUUAUCAGUUUUCUAUAUGUAAAGAUGGUCCCUUUAAUUGCUACCAAUAAUAAAAUGGUAACUUCUCCUCACUGCAAGUACCAGUAUUUGUGCAUUCAGCUUAAAAUAAAGUCUUUACAGUACUCUGUAUAUUGCACACUUGUGACAAAUUUGAAUCUAAUAACUGGUAUUCAUUGUUACUAUUUUUCCCCUACUUGAAAUAUAUGGAUUAAGGAAAUUAACUGUAACUGAAUUUGAUAAGCUGUUGUCUUCUGUGCUGUGCAUGUAUUCCUUUUAAAAGGCCAGUAGUACAGCCUGACACAAAUAUGAAUGAGACACCAUAAUAUUGAGCAUGCUGUGUGUUUUAGAGUUUUUUUAGCCAUGUUUCUUCCUCCCAACUUCUAAAAAGUACUUAGAAAUAAAAUCAGAAAAUACACUUCA